CUCGCCUCAUGAUGAGGAACCUGCUGUGUUUCACAACCUCGAAGUCGCAAGUCGUAGAGUGGUGCCAGUGGAAGCGGUUGGUGCAGCUGCUCUGCCAAAUGGUGCAGCACCACAUCUCAGUGCCAUGGAGCAGGACGUCUGUGCUUGUGGUGCAUCAGGUGCUUCAAGUAUGAAGUCACUCAUGAAGGAGAUGUGGCAAGAUUUGACUGAUCGCCAAGAUGCUUUCUUUGAGCGGGUCCUCAGCAACCAGGCGAACCUGCUGGCGCGAGUGAAUGCACUCAGGGAUCAAGCGGCUCAAGGUGUUCUCGUUCCUGUGCUGCCGGACGAUUGCCCUACCCUGCCUGCCAGCAGUCCCGCAGAGAUGAAAGCGCUCAACACAUACCUUAAGAAGAAAGAGAAGCUCGAUCAAAUGGCGACCUAUUUCCGCCAAAAUGGUGGCAAGGACCACAAGGCUGCAGCCAGGGCCGUUCUUGGCCUGCUCAUCAGCAAUUCUGUGGCAAAGUGCUGUAGCUGGGCAGGGUCCCACGGUGCCAAGGAGGCCUUACUUGAUUAUAGGAACAUCCUGGAACUUGUGCUUGCUGCACUGAAGCCCAAGUUCAACAUGGCUGACCGCUCAACUGUUGCUGCUGUCGCCAAGAGGUGGCUUUCUUCAUCAGGCGACCGUGACGGAGGACGCACAAACCGUCGACGCCCUAGCAAGUCAAGAGACUAGGGAUAAGGAAUGACUGGAAGAAUAAAGGUUGCAAAUUAUCAUUGAAGUCCUCGCUGCACCAAAA